AUGGCCGAGCUCCCGUCGAAGGUGCACCUCAACUCGCACCCCAUCUGCCUGAGGAUAUGUGGGCACUCGGUGUAUGGGGACGAGGACCAGCGUACGUGGCUGCAUCUUGUCAUGGAGACAGGAGGUGUCCUGCAAGUACGGUUGCGACAGGAAGACAUCCCCAGUGGGCAUAUCUCACUCACCACCAGCCCACUGACCUCGAGCAGCAUGCCUUUGACGUGGAUGCUCAAACUUGGAGGCCCGUACAUGGACCACAUGUACUGGUUCUGGCGCAUCGUGCACCAUGUCAAGGAUAAUGGCGUGGAGGAAAUGAUACUUGAGCUGAUGGAAGACUCGCAAGACGUGUGA